AAAUGGUUGAUACAUUACAUUCAUUAACUAUAUUUUGCCGGGCUUCUCCAUCUUUUAAUAAAUUACAUCAACGAAGUAUAUUAACUAGUGGGGGGAAAGCUCAACAACCCCAAUCAACAACCAAAACAAAUUUAACUCCAAAAAUGCCUCCAACCUACAAAAAUAAUUUUAAUGAAGCUUAUGGAGGUAUUGAAAGUAUUUUAAUGAGUGCUAUACUUGGACCUUUACUUUCUAAAUUAACUGCUUCUUCUGCUGAAUUAUGGCAGCCUGAAAAUAUGAGUCUUGCACAGGAUAGUGCCAUGUCUGCAAAAACGAUAAACAGAAUCGGUUCUGCUCGUUGUCCAUGGAGUGAACCUCCACCCUCUUCACAAUUUACAUCAACAACAAUAAAUACAUUACCAUCAACCUCUAAAAAUAAAUUAACAACAUUAACAACAAAUAACAAUAACCAACAAUCAUUAUCAAUUGCCCCAGCAAGAGAAUAUGCUGCUUCAUUAAGACGUGGUCUUUUUAGGAAAAGAGAAUGGAUGCAAACAACAUUAACUAAAGAAGAAUUAACUGGGUCUUGUGGUGGUGCUGAUAGUGAUGGAGGUGUAAAUGGAGGGGGAGGAGAUUCAACACAAUCUACUCCACCACUUAGAAUUCAUCCUUCAACAUCGAUGGACGAUUCUUCGCUUGGAAGUCCUCAACCACAAACUGCUACUUUAGCACCGAAAAAGGGAGGAGGAAAAAAUUCUUCAACAAAAAAAGGCGGUGGGGCAACUGGACGAUUACUUGGACUUCUUAAAGGAGCGCGACAUGGCACUACAAGUUCCGAUCAAACUGUCAUAAAUUUUGGAGACGAUGAUGGUUCAUUAAUUGCAACAUCUGAUGAACAACAAACUGCAACAAAUUUAGUAGAAGAUGAUAGGGAAAGUUCAUUAGGUGGUGGAGGUUCUUUAGAUGCUGGAAGUGUAGGGCGAGGAGGAGGAGGAAAGUCUAAUACUGGCUCAAAUAUUCGGGCAACACCUCCAAGUCGAUUAGCAGCCCCGAAAGCCCAUUUCGGAAUUAUAGAAGGUGAAGAAAAGGGAGGAAGGCAUUUUGAUCAACCAUCAGCCAGCUCACCUCAAAAUAUUCCAAAUUUCUUGCCUCAACGAAAAUUUGUUCAAAUAAAAGAAAUUAGAGAGGGAGCGGCACGUUUUGCUUUUAUUCUGGAGAACAGCAAACCUGGCACUUUUCCAGACGCUCCUUUAAUUGCUGCACUGCCUGAAUUGAAAUCUACUGUGCUUUCGAGAGCUGUUUUAUUACUUGAAUGUAUCCAUUUCGUUCAUCGUUGCAAUAACGGUGCAUGGCCAGAUUGGAUUCGAAGUGGAAUGUCUUUGCCAGGUCGAUUAUUUACUUCUUCAGCAACUGGAAGUGGAGGAUGUGUUCCCCAAACACCUCUUCAACCACAAAGUUCAAUUCGUAUAGGAGGGGGUGGUGGAGCCUCUCGUCGAACUGCUUUAAUGCAACGGGCCAUUGGGAGGGCUCUUUUCUCUUGGGCCUUUCAAUUAGGUAUUCGACUUCAACGUCAAUUGGAUUUAGAGACGGAAUUGAAAAGUACUGCGGAAAUUCGGAAUUUAAAAUUAAUGGAUGAAUUGGAGGAUUUUUUGGAUGAUGGAACUGUUAAUACAGGGGAUAAAGAUGGCAAAGGAUUGGGCACUGCUUUUCCUGUAGCAUUACAAUUAAUGGUUUGUAUGCUUUUGCAACAAAUAACUUCUUUUCUUCGUGAAACCUUUCAAUUAUUACCUCGUAGCAGACAACUUUCUCAAAAAGCAAAUAGUGCUGUGUCUAGUGGUUGGGAACGUUUACAGUCAAAUCGUCGUUGGUCCAUUUUAUCAAAUACUUUCAAUCCUCAAAUGUUACAACAACAACAACAUUUAGAUGUCGUUAGCGGUUCUGUCCAUUCAAUUAAUGAAUUGCAUCCGGAACGCCGUAUAAGUUAUUCAACAGCAGAUGAUGAAAAUUCCCCUAGAGGAUCACAUGAUUUAGUAGGGGAAGAACAACAUUUACAAUUACUUCAACAACAACAAAUUUUAGAGAAAACUGGAAAAGUCUCAACAGAAAAAUCGCCAUAUUCUCGUCAUAUCCACCCUCGUUCUAAUACUCAAUCUCCUUCUUCAUUAUCUUCUACUUUUCUUCGAUUUGCCUCUCGUUCUCGUCUUUUUGGGAAAGUUGAUUAUUACUCUCCAUUAAUGCAGAAUGACCCAACAGAAUUAAUUAAUAAUUUAUUACAAACAGAAAAAAAUAAUUUUCAACGAAGAAAUUGUUUAAGUGAAGAAAGAAAAUACCCUCCAUUAAUUGUUGAUAAAGUUAGAAGCGAAAAAAGUAGAAGAAGUGCCGGGGCUGGGAAAGAUUUUGGAAGUAGCCAUAGCCGUUCUAGAUCAGGUUAA